UGUUCUAAACGAUUAGGAAUCAAUUCUAAAUGAGUUCUGAAUAUUUAGUUAGCGUUUAAGCGCUAAAUCAUGCCGGUUUCCGUUACUUCGAUUAGCCCAGAAGGGAUUUUGCACAGAAUGAAACGGACGUUUUGGAUCUUUCAUUAUUGUUUAAAAAUUUGAAUUUCAUAUGAAUAUUAAGUUAUGUAGAUAGUAGUUUAGAAAACUUAAAAGAAAUUUGAGUAAACAAAAAUUGAGUUAACGGAUGUUUUAGGAGGAUUAACUUUUUGAUAAUGACCUUUAGACAUGCUUGUUUGUAUAUUAAAACAUGCUUGUUACCAUAUUUAAAAUCGUUAUUUAGUCUGAUUUUCUUAUGGCAUAAAAAACUAUACUUAGACUGUUAUUAAAAUAGACUAUUAGUCUAUAAUAAUUUGCAUAAAUAUCACAGAAAUUUGAAAAAAGGUUUAGUUAUGAAAGUUAUUAAGAUUGGUAUUAUUUAAUUAAAUUGAAGCAGUUUGUAUUACAGAAAAAAGUGGUUUUACAAGAUUUGAAAUAGUUUGUAUCAAACCAAGAAGUAGUUAAAAGAUUGCAAAAGAGUAAAAUGUCAUAUCACCGGGCUGUUUGGUUGGAAGAAAAUCGUGAGGAAGAAGGAGUCUUGCCAUCCGCAUGGGUGCGGGGAAAAGUAGUUAUAUGGCCCCCAUCCAAAAUGAAUGCGUUUAAAUUAAUGAAAGAAGGAGUAGAACCUAAUGAAAAUUGGCGACUUUUUAAACUAAUAAAAAUAAAAAUUACUUCAGAUUGCUACGAGGAUUGUAAUAAUUAUGAUUUAACUACAGAAACUGAAGAAGAUAAUCAGCAAGUUUCAAAAAAGCGCAAGCGUACUGCUUGUACAACUUUUUUUGAAGGCGAGGAAGAAGUUGAUGUUGAUAUUAAUACAGAAAGUAAGAAUAUAUAUUUUUUAUGUUAAUUCACCUCCCUAAAGGCUGAGAUGACCACUACAAUCGAAGAGGCUACUUGCAGUUUCAAGCCUCUCUCAACUUCAUAACUCUGAAACACAAGCCUUGACGAACAAGGCUGCUGCGUGAAGAAACAAGUUCAUUAAUUAGUAAUUUUAUGAAGUGUAGAGCAGGAGCUAAUAAUAGCCUACAUAAUAAUAGUAAUAAUAGUGUUAUGUGUAUGUAUUUUGUAAUAAAACAGUUAUUAAAAAUAAUUUUUUACA